AAAUUUACAGUUAAAAUUGAUUUAUUAUUACUAUAUUUAUAUAUUUAAUAGAUUAAUGUAAAUAAUUAAAUAAAUGUAAUUAAUGAAAUAGACCUAAUAAGAUUAGUAUGAUUUUUUUAUGAUAGAUAAAAAUGGUACUUCUCUUUUAAUAGCGAAAACUAGUAGUAGACAACAUAAUUAUCGACAAUACUGAUCAACUCUGAUUUAAUCAUAUUAUCUUCAUGUAGUGAUUCAUUGUGCUAUAUAAAUACACAAAAAAUUAUAAAUUAGUUUUUCUGUUAUAUUUAAUUUUAUAUCAUCUGAUAAACUGUUAAACAUAUAAUAACUGCUAGAUUGUAAUAUAUGAGAGACACGUGUCUUGAUAAAUAAUUAGGCCAUAUUUUGGUAAGUUUAUGAGCUUUAGCAAAUAAUCAACCUAUACAACAUUUUAGAUUUUUUUUUGAGAAACACAUCACUAAAAGUCUAAACACACACAAAUCGAAUCCAACCUCUCUUUUUUUCGCCAAGACUUUCACCUCAUUCACUAUUAUUGAAUGUAAAAGCAUCUAUCCUUUUUUGUCAAUCUAAAAGCAUAUGAUAUAUCAUGCAUCCCUGUCUUUUCAAUUUCAACAUCAAGUUGUGAACUAGUUUGCUGAAGUAAACAUUACAUAACUAAGAUUGAAUCUGGUUUAGACCGGUUCGGUUAAACCGAACCCUUGCAUUCUAUAAAGCAGACGCAAGCAUCUUUCUGCUCAAACCACAGUCCUAAUAACAAAUACCGACAAACACAAAACACAAUCGCAACUCUUGGAACUCAAGAAAUAAUGUCGGAGAACGCUGGCGAUUCUUCAACCACUAAACCAAACCUCAAGAGGAAUGGCUCCGGCGAACUUGACGUCUUUGAAGCCACUCGCUACUUCUCCGACUUCAACGAACCAACUAUGGCCGAGUCCUCGAGAAUCCAGGUUCAGAAACAGAGCAUUGUUACAGAACUUCGACAGAAGAGAAUACACCCUGAAACAGAGGAUAAGCUCCCGGAACCUAGAGUCGUCAUCGUGAAGCCGCAGGAGAAGGAGAUGAAGACACGUGGCGGCGGUGGGAAGAAGCUAACCAGCUUCUUGAACUCUCUUCUCCGUUCAGCAGGUCUGAAGAAGUUAAAGUCAAAGUCCAAGUCAACUCCAGAGGUGGAGAGUCCACGAGGAGAAAGAAGGAGGAGGCAUAGCUGCGUGGUGACCGUGACCACACACGCCGCAGCUUCUUCUCCGAUCUCCGGUGCCGGCGCGUGGAGUACGCGCAGGAGAAGCUUUGAUGAGAAACACGUGAAAGGUUUAGGUUCGAAGAAGAAUGAUCAGAAGUUAAACAUGAGGUUCUGUGAGAGUCUCUGCUCGGACAAGAAGGUUGAGUAUAAAGAUCGAAAUGGAGAGGAUGGUGUAAAUGGUGGAUACGAGAGUGAUUCAGGUUCGGAAUCUGAUCUUUUUGAAUUGGACUUGUUUGCCAAAUCAAAGCCUUAGUUAAGGACGGUUCCAAAAUGUAAUCAUUUGAUGUAAACUUAUUAUGAUAUAAAUCUAAUAGUGCGUGGUUUGUAGACAACCAAAAAAAAAACUAAAAUGGUAUGGACCUAAAAUAUGGUGUUGCAUUCUUCCCUUAUCCUGCUUGAAUAAAAAUAAACUCGAUGAGGUGAUAUUAAUUCAUAUCCUUCAUUCUGUAUAA